AUGCCUAUAAAUGGUAAAGAGGAGAAAGUUCAGAGUGUUGUGACUGAUGAGGCCAAUAUUCCUGAGGCCAAUGAUCCCGAAGUCGAGAAUGUUGUGGUCUUAGAGAGUAAGGCUAGCACUGCAAAACCGAAUGCAAAUGAAGAGGUGCCAGUGACUCCAAUUGAUCAGAUUAAGAUGGAAAUUGGGGAGGAGGAAGCUGAAAUCUCAGGCAACGCUCAUCAAGAAGCUAAACCUACAGUAGCGGCGGUUGAUGAAGGUUUGGAAACCAAAUCUCAACCAGAGGUAUUAGUCUCAGGUGAAGAUGAAGGAUUGCAAGGUACUACUCAACCUGAGGUUCCACCGCUUGAGAAAGAAAAGAAGUUGAACAACGAUUUUCAACCUGAGGUUUCAGCACCGGCAAAAGAUGAAGGUUUAAAGAACCUAGCGAAAAUUGACCCGAAACCUAUUGCCGAGUCUGCAAUGCCCGAUGUUAAUAACCUGAAAGAAGAGGAAAUCGAAACCUUAGAUGAAGGAUUAGGAGUGAAUGCGCAGUUGGAAAAAAAGCCAAUUCCUGAGCCAGAAGAGGUAGAAAUAAUUAACGCAACUCCAAAGAGGCCAAUUCCUGCGAUUCCAGUCCCCACGACACCUGUCCCCACGACACCGGUCACUACAACACCUGUUACUACGACACCUGUUCCUGCAACACCUGUUCCUGCAACCUCAGAGAUAGCGGCUGCUCAUGCAGUUCUGGAGAAGGAAGAGCUCAAGGUGAAGGAUGCUAUAGAGAAUUAUAGCCUACCACCAUUGCCUUCGAGGGAUCGCAUAGCUUCUCAAGAGGUUGCAAAAACACCAUCAGUGCUAACACCAGGCAGUCCUGCGGCUAUUCAAUCACCCAUAUCACCCCCGCUACCUAAAAGAGAGUUCAAGAAAUACCCUGUCCCACCUCCACUUCACGAAGAGAUGCAAUCAGAAGAGUUUAGGCAAAAUAUGGCAGUUGCUAAUGGGCCACCACAACCGCCUCCAAGAAUUAACAAGGCUAAGAGAGUAGAAUCUGCUGCCGAUAUGAGUUUGAUUGUAAACCGGUUUCGUCAGACGAGUCAUCACUAUCAGCGGCAAGACGAACAGUCAAGGGAGGACUUGGAACGUGGUAAAAACAUUCUAAAAUCAUCAUACUCAACGUUUUUAGAGAGUCUGCCAGCAACAGCGAGUCCAAAGCGACUACUUCGCGAUGAAACAGACCUGGCUGGUGUUACAGAAGAGUUGGGCGAUUUGCACGAUGACGAAAGAGCAUUGAUUAAAGUUGACUGGGCAUACUGGACUCAAGUCGUUAAUGAUUUCCCAUCUGUUGCGAGCGAUCCUGAGAAGCUCGAGAGAGCAAUUACAGGCGGUAUACCUCCACAAAUUCGUGGAAUUAUUUGGCAAUUAAUCGCUAAUUCCAAGUCCAAGGAAUUCGAGGACAUAUAUUUGACUUUAUUGGAUACCGAGUCACCACAUGAGGCAAGUAUUCGGAGAGAUCUGAAACGUACAAAGUUCAUUCCUGAUGAUAAAGUGGAGAGCCUUUACAAGGUUAUGAAUGUUUACUCAGUAUAUGAUCCAGAUGUUGGAUAUACACAAGGAAUGGCCUUCAUUGCGACCCCUCUCAUAAUGAACUGUGAGACUGAAGCUGACUCGUUUGGUUUGCUGAUCAGGCUCAUGAAAAGUUAUGGGUUGCGAGAGCUCUUUUUGCCCGACAUGCCUGGAUUGAUGCUCUUGUUGUAUCAGUUCGAUAGGCUUUUUGAAGAAAAUUCACCACAACUUUACAAUCAUUUGACGAGGCAGGGAGUGCGUUCUUCCAUGUAUGCGACUCAAUGGUUUUUGACCUUUUUCGCAUAUAGGUUUCCUCUGGUUUUUGUAUUGAGAAUUUAUGACAUUGUGUUUGUUGAAGGUAUUGAAUCUGUCCUUAGAAUUGCAGUCAAUUUGAUGCUCAAAAAUUCAAAACAACUCCUUCAACUAAAAUUUGAUAAACUACUUGACUUCCUGAAGAACGAACUAUUUGCAUACUACCUGAAGGAUUCAGUUAAAAGAAGAAUUUCUAAAGUAAAUUCCCAAGACGAUGGCAGCGAUGCAGGUUCGGUGCUUAAGAAAGACAUAAGCUCAAAUAAACAUACUGAAGGCGAGCUGCCCGAGAUUACGGACGAAGAUUAUGAUAUAGACGCAUUUGUUCAAGAUGCAAUGCACGAUGUGCACGUCACGCCACUCUCUUUGAAACGCUAUUCAGCCGAAUAUGAAGAGAUUCAUGAGCUCGAACAACAAAAGGAGGCUCAGUAUGAAUCUAUCAGGAUCAAAAAUAAUCAGUUGCAGCUGGAAGUUAGAAAGCUUGAGCGUGAUUACACACUUCUCAAUAGAGAACAUGUUGAGAUAGCCAACGAACUGAUCAAAAACAGAUUAAAGAUAGAAACGCUGAUAGAUGAAAAUAAGGAUCAAAAAUCCACCAUACUUACUCUGAAGAAAGAGUUGGAAGAAGAAAGACGGAAACAAGAGUUGCCAAAUCCAGAUGCUGCAAUUCCAAGCGACUUGAAAGAAGACCUUGAUAGAACGAUACGGAGGAACGCUGAAGUUAUGGAUGCCAAUAUAAAGUUGCAAGACAAGAUUAAUGACCAGGAAAGAAUUAUUGAACUGCUUAAGGCAGGCAAUAAAGCAGGUGCUCAGAGCUUUAGGGCUUCUAAACCUCCAAUAGCUAACGCAUUCACUAAGCUGUUCAAAAACGACAACAACUAG